CUGAACGUGGCUAACGUACAUAUUAUUAUGGCUAACGAUGGCUAACUGAUCUUAGCUAUACUGCUUCACUAGCCUUUCAAUGUUUCACCAACCGAAUGCAAUCUGUAUUACCUCCUCAAUGCUGGGUUGUCGCCUAAAUAACAUAUUGAAAAAACAUCGACAACACCAGGGAACCAGCACUUUCAACAGCACCGGUUAGCUUGUAUUGCUAACGUUGUGUCUGGUUAGCAUUAGCUGUGUAGAAGAUCCAGCUCAUUAACUUGGAUACGCUUCGACUCUUUGGUGGAGAAUUAGAUUUGAAACAUCAAGACCUCCAGCUCUGUCCAUGAACAUUUGAAAGCGUACAGGCCAAGGUCAUGUGGUUGGAUCAAUAGCCAGUGUGUCACUAAAUACAUCUAAAGGAAAUGCAUGAUCGACUGUAGAGGAUAGUUAAUUUGCACCCAGGUAAAACAAACACUAAACAUAAGGGUGCAUCAAUGAAUGAAGAACUGCUUCAGAGUCCUGUCCCUGACAGAGAGCAUGUGGAGGAAGAUGCAGCACAAAGCCCAGAGAAGAAAAGCCAAGCAGAAACCCCCGCUGAGGCAGCAGCACCGGCUCAGGAGCCCUUGGCUUCCCCAGACGUUUCGGAUAUAAAGGAAAAGCCCACCUCAGGAACAUUAGAGGAAGUCUCAGCAGAGGUAAAGGAUGAGACUAACACCGCUGGUUUAGAGCCUCCUACAGACUGGUUUGAGCCACUUGAGGAUGACGAUGAGGGCAGCGAUUGUAGGAAUGAACUGGAGGAAGAGAGCCUUGCUGGAGAAAGUGAAAGAAGUGAGGGCGGGGAGAAGGCCCUUAGAAAAGUGAAUAGGCUGCUUAUCCCCCGUCGGAAACGAACGCAUCCUGAUGAAGGAUGGGUCGAAUGGCCAAUACUUGGAGACGGAUGGAAACGCAAAGAAGUGGUUAGGCGCUCAGGCAGUAGCAUUGGCCAGAAAGAUGUAUAUUACGUAAGUCCAAAGGGAGAACGAGUGAGAAGCCGAGUAGAACUGAUUUCAGUGCUGCAGGGUCAGCUUGACAUGUCUACCUUUGAAUACAAGACAGGAAAGUUCCUUGAGGGCGAAGCACCGCCCAAAGGAAUUCGACAUAGAGUGAAGAAAAAGGUCCGGGAGCGUUCCUCUUCUGAGUCCAGCUGGAUGGAAAGAGGGGAGGGGGCUGACACCCCAGACUCCUACCAUAGACCUACCCCCAGUUUGGCGCCCAAAAGUUUCUAUUUAGCACACAAUCAGACGAAUGUCUCCUCUCAGAGUAUGACAGUAACUUCAUACCCGAUCCCUAAAAAGGAGAAUCGACCAUUUGUAGAAAAAAUUAAACUCCCUCCCCCUUCGGCAACCAAACCAGCCAUGCUCCCAUCUGUGAAUGGACAACUUGGGACAGAAGACAGCAUACUGAUCUGUUCCAGAUGCGGUAUUUCCUUCACAGGCACGUGGUAUGACAAACAGAGGAAGAGGCCCUGCUGUCCCUCCUGCUGGGCUGCAUCGAAGACAAUAGAGCAUCCGCUGAUUCGAUUUAGAAAGUGGAUCCCUUGUGGACAGUGUGUUGGAUGCCGCAACACAAUCAAUUGUGGGCAGUGUGCCAACUGCAAGCAUGGACUGCAGAGCCCAGACACCCGGAAACGCUUAUGCCGGAAACGAAAAUGUAUAUGUCCAAUUCGCAAGAAUCCUGGAAGUGGAGCUGGGAGCUUCUUGCAACAUAAUUUUUUAAAUGACAUUCCUGAUACAUUUGAUGACAGCAUGAGUUACCAGAGUGAAAGUACAGACUCACAGCAAUUAGGUCUCAAAAGCAGCGACACAGAGAACUUCUCUGUCAAUGUGGACGUUGAUGAUGACGACGACAUGUCAACUGACGAUGACGAUGAUUGGCAUAAGAAGCGUAAGCGGCGAUCCUGUGGAGAAUGUAAAGCGUGCCUCUGCAGGAAAGACUGUGGCACAUGUGACUUCUGCAUAGACAAACCUAAGUUCGGAGGAAGCAACAAGAAGAGACAGAAAUGUCGACUGCGUCAGUGUCAGAGGCAGGCAAUGAGACACCUGCUGCCUUUCCAGAUGGGACAGGCUGAGUUUGCGACUGAAGGUGCAGGGCUGCCAGGCAGGCCUAGACCUCACUACACAUACAGUCGAAAGUCAGGGGUCAAGAAAACCAAAGGAUCACAAAUGGGCUUUGACGUAUCUGAUGACGAUGAUGACAGUAACAUCCAACCAAUGAGUUGGAGCUCUGAGCCUGCAGCUGGGAGCAAACAACCCCACGAGCUGAUUAACAAAAACAACCAUUCAAAUUUGCAGGAAUUGAACUUUCCAGAUGUUGGACAGCGAAAUGGAUUAUCAAACAAAGGCACUCACACCAGCAACCACAACAACCCUGAACAUGUCCCUCCAAGAAGAUGGACUACAACUGAACCCCUCGCAGGCAGAGAUGGUCCAAGAGAAAUUGAAGAAGAAGAUGACGAUGAUGAUGAUGACGACGAUGAUGACGAUGAUGAUGAUGAUGAUGAUGAUGAUGAAGAAGAGGAGGAGUUUCCCAUGAUCACACAGAUCUAUAGUUUGGCAGAUAACCCCGUGGGGAGUGGUGCGGAGAAUGAAAACCAGCUAAUGAAACUGUUACACUCUUUGCGCACCUCAGUAUUGCCCAUACUUUGGUAUGCCAUAAUGGUGGAGGGCCCGCAGCUUCAGCUCAUCCAGUGUUCCAAACAGUCCAGUAUGGCCGACACUAUUGUGCUAAUAGACCCAGACUUCUGCUUCCAGGUGACGGUCCAGAAACAGCCACUGCACCCCACACACCCGCUCUACGACACCUACCCAGCACAAUUAUCCUCAGUGACUGAAGUCGUUAAUCUGCUUUUGGGCCUGGAUCAGUAUGUUGUGUGCCACGGACUGUCUCCCAAAGCGCGUUUAUCAAACAAGGACCCGGUCAUCCUGGAGCGGGCAUCAACAUGUGACUUCUUAGUGAGAAAGAAUAUGCGCAUUUGUGAUAACUGCAGAUCACUCCGAGGACUUUAACAUCAGCAGAGACUAAGGGAAGUCCUGGUGCAACUCUGUGCCAUUUUCUUGUUUAGAUGUAAUACAUAUGACAUUUUACAGAUUUACCUCUGGACCGUAAUAGUAUGACUUUAAAUAUCUGAAGAAUCACCAAAGGCAUUCCAGGUGCUGUGACAUUAUAUUUCUUACUGACGUACUGUUGUGUUGGUGUGGGGCUUUUCUCGAUGACUGUUGAAUCAGAUUAUUGGCAGUGUGCUGGAUAUAUCUGACAUCCAUCAGCCCACUGUGUGCUGAUUGUGCUCCGGGUUUAUUCACACUCUUACUUGAGGAAUCUAUAGCCCUCACCCUCAGGGUUCAAACACUUUUGAGUUGUCAUUUAAAUGCAGAUUUUUUUCUCUCUGCCGAAAAUGAAUAUGUUCUUAUCUUUUCAGCAGUAACGUUUUACACCAUACCCACACUGUUGUUAUGCUAGUGUGAACCAUAUUAAAUGGAGUUUGUCAAACUAUGUUUUUGGGAAAGAAAAGGUUUUGUUUUCAUUUUGUGGACCCCUUCCAAUUCAAAGUAAACAAUAUUUUCUGA